AUGGAUCGCCAUCAGCGCAUCGUUGCGCAAGUAGCCUCCAAGGUGAAAGAUUACUUCACACGCAAGGAGCCCUUCAGAAUAUCACAUGGAUCGACGAAUUCUACGCGUCCAAACCUCAAAAAGCGCGUCGUCGACAUUAGUGGUCUGAGAAAUGUCAUCAAGGUGGACAAGCAGACGCGUACGGCUCUGGUGGAGCCCAACGUGCCCAUGGAUCGCCUUGUAGAAGCCACUUUGCCACACGGCCUGGUGCCGCCUGUUGUGAUGGAAUUUCCUGGUAUCACCGUAGGGGGAGGUUACGCAGGAACCGCAGGUGAAAGCAGUAGUUUCAAGUUCGGCUUCUUUGACAGGACCAUCAAUGAGGUCGAGAUGGUCAUGGCAGACGGCAAAAUUGUGAAGGCAUCGGAGAACGAGAAUGCAGACUUGUUCCGUGGAGCUGCUGGUGCAGUUGGAACGCUGGGCGUCACAACACUCGUCAAUCUUCGACUGAUCGAGGCGAAGAAGUAUGUGAAGACAACCUACUACCCUACCAGGAGCAUUGCCCAAGCCGUCAAGGAGGUCCGUGAGCAUACCGAGGGCGAGAAGGGCGAGAAGAACGACUACGUGGAUGGCAUUCUCUUCUCCAAGGAUCACGGUGCUAUUGUGACGGGCGAGAUGACGGACUAUCUCCCUCCAAACAUCAAACCGCAAACCUUCUCCCACGCUCUGGAUCCCUGGUUCUACCUACAUGUCGAAAAUGCAACACGCACCUCUAACGAACCCGUUGUCGAAUACAUCCCGCUGGCCGAAUACAUGUUUCGAUACGACCGUGGCGGCUUCUGGGUCGGGCGGUCUGCCUUCAGCUAUAUGAGCUUUCCCUUCAACAAGUUCACUCGUUGGUUCCUAGACGACUUCCUGCACACGCGAAUGCUGUAUCGUGCCCUGCAUGCCAGUGGCAUCGCGACAAGGUACAUUGUACAGGAUAUGGCUUUGCCCUACCCAAACGCCGAGAAAUUCAUCGAAUACACCGACAAAGAGUUCGGCAUCUGGCCAAUCUGGCUUUGCCCGUUGAAGCAGAGCGAACAGCCAACCAUGCAUCCGCACACCAAGGGCGAGUUGCAAGAUACCCAGAUGCUCAACAUUGGACUUUGGGGCUUUGGGCCUCAAGAACCCCAGGAAUAUCUUAGCAAGAACCGUGCUCUCGAGAAGACACUAGGUGAGAUGGGUGGCAUGAAAUGGCUCUACGCGCACACAUACUACAGCAAGAAUGAGUUCUGGUCGCAGUUUGAUCGCAAGUGGCACGAGGACCUGAGGACGAAGUACAAUGCCGGCGGCCUCCCGGAUGUGCAUGACAAGGUCCACGUCGAUAUCCAAAAGUACACAGACAUGGCGCAGAAGGACUGGGGGAUGCGUCUGAAGAAUGUGUGGCCGCUAGGAGGGUUCUGGGGCAUUCACAAAAGCAUUCAGAGUAAGGACUACAUGAUCCACCGAAACUCGACAUGGAAGUGGAAGCGUUUGGGUGCUUCGAGGAGAUGGUGGAUGUGGUGGUGA